AUGACCAUGUCUUCUACUCCCAAGGACGAUGCCGUACUGGACAACUCGAGUGCCGAGAAGGCGUCGACAAAUACUCCCGCCCCCGAUGAAGCUGAGCCGGUGGUAGCGACUGAUGAAUCGAAGUACAUCACAGGCCUGAAGCUCUACCUGAUCAAUGCUGGUCUCACGAUCUCGAUCUUCCUCGUUACUCUCGAAUCGACCGUCAUCAGCACUGCCAUUGUGGACAUCACCGAUGAACUGGGUGGCUAUGAGAAGAGCUCAUGGCUUUUCACGGCAUAUAUGCUGACCUACUGCAGUCUCCAGAUGAUCUGGGCAAAGCUCUCAGACAUUGCAGGACGGAAAUACACCCUCAUCGCUUCGCUACUUAUCUUCACCAUCUUCUCGGCGCUUUGUGGAGCUAGUCAGACCCUCAUCCAGCUCAUCAUGUUUCGAUGGUGUCAGGGUAUCGGCGGCUGCGGUGUGUACGCACUCACUCAACUCAUGUUCAUGGAGAUUGCGCCACCAGGCAAGCUACCGAAGUACAUGGCAGGUGUUAGUAUGGUGCUCGCACUCAGUCUGAUUACGGGACCGCUUCUUGGUGGCGGCAUCACGCUGCAUGGUAGCUGGCGCUGGAUCUUCCUUUUGAACGUUCCUGUCGGAGUUCUUACUGCUGUAUCACUUUGCUUCACACUUCCAAGAACGCUGUUCAACGAGCCAGCUGCGCAGCAGACAUACCCGAUCUUCUCAAAGCACUCCCUCAAUCGACUUGACUUCCUUGGAGCGACGUUGAUGCUCGGUACUCUCGUGUUACUCGCUACAGGUCUCCAACAAGCGUCGCUGGACUAUGCGUGGUCUUCCAACAAAGUCCUUCCUCUACUCGUCGUUUCCGCGCCUUUCGCCGUCGCGUUCUUCACGUGGCAAUGGUACAUAACGCAGCGUCGCACCAACCCCGAGCCCGUCUUUCCGUGGCGCUUCUGUCAGAGCCGCAUACAGCUCGGCAUGAUCAUAAAUACCUAUCUCUCCGGCACGGUUAUGUUCGUAUGCAUUGCGCAGAUCCCUCAACGUUUUAUCACGGUCAACGGCCUCUCUCCCCUUGCCGCCGCCGCCCGACUCCUCACAUACGGCGCUUUCGUGCCCUUUGGCAGUGGUAUCGCUGGUGCGAUGAUGGGCAAGCCCAGGAUACCGCCAUGCUGGAUCAUUCUCGGUGGCUCCUUGAUGGAGAUCCUCGGUAUUGCAUUGCUGUCGCAGAUCGAUACUUCGUCGCAUAUCGAUGCUAGUCAGUAUGCGUUCCAGAUCAUUGCCGGAACGGGAACUGGUCUUGUCAACUCGGGACUCAUCCUACUUGUGCCGUACGCGAUGGAUAAGAGGGAUUUGGCCGUUGGCUCAGCAGCUACAUCGCAGUUCCGCACCCUGGGCGGUCUAGUCGGUAUCGCUAUCGUUACAUCCAUCUCCACACCCUACAUCCGCUCCCAUCUGACCGACAUCCUACCCUUGGAGCUUGCAGAGAGCCUGCUAGAAAGGACGGAGUUAGUGCAGACUCUUUCACCGGAAACGUUGGAGCGUGUGAGGCAGGUGUUUGGUGAAGCGUAUAACCUACAGGUCAAGGUACUAAUCGGGUUUGCGGUCGCCAAGGUGCCGGUCACGGGUAUGAUGUGGACAAACUUGAGGGUGGAGAGUAAGUGA